AAUAACCAGACACAAGAUACACCGCACACCUAUUUUUAUAUCGAAGAACUCGAAGUCUGCCUAUGACGAAAAUGGCACCAGUUAACGUUAGACUGAAUCCAGUCGGAUUCGUUGUGUUCCUGGUAUUAGGUCUUUCUCUGGCAUUUUACAUAUUUGGUCUACCGAAAUGGUUCAGGGAGGAAGAGAGAGUAAGCAUGAGGGAAGUGCUCUCAGUUAGCAUAGAUUUAGCACAACGUGGAGGAAUCAAAGUGAAAGAGGUGGCCGAGAUGCAUAAACUCAAUCCAGUAUCAAAAGGCAAAACGAAAGAAGGAAAAGAUGAGCUAAAGACACAGGGGGACCUUCAGUCUCAUAAAGCAAUUGUUUAUGGGUUUUCCAAAGCUUACCCAGGAAUGAAGGUUAUAUCUGAGGAACAUGACACUGCUCCCAUUGAUUUAGCUGUGGUACCAGAAGUAAAUAAACAUUUAAAAGAAGUCCUAGAUAAUGUUGUAAGUGAUCAAUCCAUACCAGUGAGUCAGAUCACUAUCUGGAUAGAUCCAUUGGAUGCUACUGAGGAAUAUAAAGAUGAACUGUAUGAGUAUGUUACAACUAUGGUAUGUGUAGCUGUAAAAGGUAAUCCAGUUAUUGGUGUUAUUCAUAAACCAUUUUAUAAAGAAACAGCAUGGGCUUGGGUUGGUUAUGGCCAUUCUAAAAAUCUGGACAAAACAUCUCCUGAAACCAAUGCAAAGAAGACACCAAAAAUCAUAGCAUCUCGCUCACAUCCUGGACAAAUAGAGGGUGUUGUCCAUGAAUCCUUGGGAACAGAUGCUAUUGUCACUCCUGCAGGAGGAGCAGGUUACAAGACCUUAGAAGUUAUAAGAGGGAAUGCUGAUGCCUAUAUUCAUGUCACUGCUAUUAAAAAAUGGGAUAUAUGUGCUGGAAAUGCCCUUCUUAGUGCUCUAGAUGGUAAAAUGACCACAAUCAAUGGUCGAAAUAUUAUAGACUAUUCACCACAUGACUCCCCAGUUAAUAGUGAAGGCUUAUUAGCUACUAUGAACAAUCAUAAUGAUUAUCUAGAUAAACUUGAACCAGUUGUAACCAAAUUGAUGGAAGAAAAGAAGGUGAAGAAGACGUAGUGAAACUGACACUGUUUUUAAUCUAGAUGCUGGAAUAUACACUUGGUCUAUAUUAUUGUCUUAUAUUUAAUGUUAUUGGAACUGUAUGGUUUAUAAAAUAUAUCAGGGGUUUUCAUUUAUUAUAGGGAAUUUAUAAAAUGGGAUUAUUGGAAUCUUGGAGCAAUAACAAAAAUAACACAUUAACUAGAGAUAAUUAAAAAAUUAACGAUUUUGAUAAGUUUCAUAAAUAAAUAAAUAUUUAUUUAUUGAUAAUUGCAAAAUGGUCAUUCAAUUUCUGUGAAAUUACUGUGAGGGUAGUGUAGUGUAUUGAAAUCCAAAAUGAGAACCAAUAUUUGCUUUAAUAUCUGAUACUUUAUUAUGUUAAAGUAUUGUACAUGUUUUAUUCUGAAAUUUCUCAAAUCUACAUAGCAUCCAAUAAAAAGGCUGGUUUGUCAGAUCUUACUGAGUGAAGAUAACUAGAAUUUUAAUAGAUCAAAUGGAAUAGAGAUCUAAUUUUAGUUGUUAACAACAUUUGUUGAAUGUUUGUUUUUGUUGGAUAAUAUGUCUAAAAAUCCAAUUAAAAUUUUGUGAUAUUUUAAUGAAAAUACAUAUUAAAUUUAAAUAUAGACCACUUUUUACUGAAGUUCUGUGCCUAGAGUCCAGAACUGUACUGCCCUGGAACGAGAUACUAGUCCCAAUCAUUCAGUCUAUAAAAAUUCUUGUAGUGUUGCACAUCAUUGUUAAAUGUUAGGUCUCGGUUAUCUCAUAGUUGUGUACACAUUGAAAUAAUCUACAGUAAUUAGUACCACUGACAGGCAUUGGUAAUCUCCUGGUUCAGGUCACUCUGCACCUUUAAUAUAUAUGAAAGUUUUUCCAUUCAUAAGGUACUCAUAUAAUUUGAUUCAAAAUGUCUGCUUGUUUGAGCCAAAGGGCAUGCUUGAUUGUCAUUCCGGAAUGUUUGGAAUUAACAGAAUUAAAUUCAAUCCUGUCACAGUUCUGUUAAUCCUGACAACAGAGGUGGUGUAGUAGAAUCGUGACCUAAUUAAACACAACAAUUUGAUUAAAACUCAGAUCCUAUUUCGUUUCAUUUUUAUAGUUCAAAAUUUCAUUUUACUUGUCUUUACUACACUAGGAUCUGGAAGAGUUAUUAUCAUUGAUGUGUUCUGAAUGAUGUGAGGGAUUAACCAAUGAAACGGUCUGUUACGGCUAGCUUUUGGCGUGUUUUGCAUGGAACUGUGGGUAAUCCACUAGUAACUUCAAUGCUGAUUGGUUAAUCAAAUGUCUGAUGUCAUAGGGUCAAAAGCUGCUACUAUGACCUCUGACGUGACCUAUCGCUAUAACUUGUCAGAUCUUCAUGUAGUGUGGGCCAUCGAAAGUAUAAAAAACAAAACAAAAUAUAGAUCUUAUUUUAAUCAGAUUGUUAAACACAACGAAUUUGUUUCAGCUGUCAUGGGCACAACAGCCUGAAAUCCCCCUUUCACUCCAUGUCACUAUUUUGAGGAUUGAGAGAAUUCAAUUCCGAACCGUUCAGUCAAGUAUCCCCUAAGUUUAGCAUGACAUCCCAUAUAAUUUAUGACAUUUUCUUUAUACAUUUUAUGGUGGAAGCUUAACUAGCCAGAUCGUUCAAAUGUAUUAAGUAGGUCCAAGUUUACAAAAACCUUCAUGAAGAAUGGUCUAGCUUGUAUGCAAAAGAUACUAUUAUUAUUAAUUUAUUUGUCUAUGAUAGAGUAAGAUAGCAGUGUGAAAUAAAUAGAAACCAUUUAUAAACUUUAAAUUGCCAUAACUUCAGUUAGAAUUGAUCGAUAUGAAUGUGAUCAUAAUGUUUUAAAUAUAAAAAUACUAUUCAUUGUAUAUGGUAGUAAACUCUAUUCUAGCAUGUUGAUGGUGCUUUAGUGGGUAAUAACUAAUAUAUAUUAAAUAAUUCAAGUGCACAGUUAAUUUAAUUAUAAAAGUAUUAACAGUUUAUUUAAAAAGUAUAUUACCAGAUAAAUCUUGUUAACAUAUCUAGCUCUGAUAUUUUAAUUUGCAAAGCAUCUGUUGAAAAUGUGAUAUUAACGAAUGUUAUAUUAGUCUUUUUGGGGGGUAUUUAUUGUUUUUUGUGUGAAAGUACAAGUUUGAGGUUAAUUUUAUUCUAAAUAAAGUGAUACUUUAACCUGACAUGCAUUGAUAGAAAGUCUUUGUAUUAUUAUGAUGUCAUAUGUGACAGACUCGGCUAAAAGAGACAUCGGUAAAAAAACUACUUUAUUCAAAGUCCUUGUGAUUUGUAUGUGACAUAGGCAUUUAGCUUUGAAGUCACCAUAUUAUAGUGACCAUAGCAUCCCAAAACAGUAAAUUUCAUGCAAUGAGCUUUGUGGAAUGAAAUAUAAGGUCAUUUUUGUGGAUAAUUUUGCUAGAAAUGUGUCUCAUUAAACCAGAACUGGUCACAAAUGUGGUUUCUCAAAAUAUUCAUGUUACUGUGUAUUAUAGACUAGAACAAACCGGUACACUAUAAUACGAAAUAAAUCUUUAAAUAAGGAGUUGUGUUAGAAGUAUAUUAGAAAAUAUAUAUAAAUAAUUUUCUACGCAUGAACUAAUAUAUCAAUAGUAAAAUAAUGAUAAAUUGAUGUGAUUUAGUUUUUACAUUGUAUAUGAUCAUUGUUGAUGUUUUCUUCUCUCUUUGUAUUGUCUAUAUGCCAACUAGUAAUCUUGAUCACCAUCACACCAGUUGAAAAGUUAUCAUCAGGCAUCUUGGUGACCAGAUGGGUAAUUUGUCAUUGACAUAUACAAACGAUGUUCCUUUUAUAUACUAUUUUUUAGUAUGUUCUCAAUCUUUUUGUAUGAAAUCAUCUGUUCUAUAUGAUGUUAUACAUAGAUAUAGAUCACGGUAAAUAAUUUUAUUGAAGUGCAAUAAACACUUAAAUGCAGUAUUUAAUUUGUACCUAAGAAAUUAAAAAGCAGUAUAAAUAGAAUUUUCUCAAGAGUUGACUUAAAAACUUUCAGUGAAUGAUCAACUCAAUUUUGUUUGAAUGUGGUAAAAGUGUAUGGAUGAGAUUAAAUGAAACUAGUUUCUUACAUGUUUAUUAAUAUUUUGUAAAAUCAAGGCUCAUGGUUCACCUUCAAGUAAGGUAUGAAGAAAGUGUAUUUUUGUUUUGUCUCUAAAUGUCAAACUAUUUUAUUUAUUUACUGGCAUAUGUUGCAAUUCCAUCUUGAAAAAUAUUAAAGAGGCAAUAUCACUCUCACCAAUAAAUUUAAUGUAUACAGUUUUAAAAUAAUGUACUUAAUUUUCAAAUUUGUAUUCCACAUUAUAAUCAUUACACAUGCCUAAUUUUGGAAAUUUAAAUCAUUGUCCCACUUAGAGUAAGGCAUUCAUCAUGAGUGUUUGUUAAAAGUUUGUGAAAAAAAAACUUGUUGAUUUGUCUCAGAUUACGAAGUUCACCAAUUUAACUGUAUGUUCCAAUCACAUUAAGUUAAUUAUCAAUUUAAAAGACCGCUAACAGGCCAUAAUGCCUUUUUAAUAAAACAACCAUAUUGGUGAACUUUAAAUAUCCAUGACGUUUUUUUUAUUGAAUAAUUGCAAAUGUUUCAUUAUCUCAAGGAACGUUUCUUUACUUUUUAAGUAAAAGUGUUUGGUAUUCAUGUAUCUCAGAUGUCAAAAUACACUAUACAUGUACACUAUUUUAAUGUAGAGACUGUUGUGUACUAUUAUGUAUUUAAUGUACAUCUGAGUAUUAAAAAUCUUCUUGAAGAAUGAACUGACUUGUGCAAAGAAUUAUUACUGUAUUUGUUUUAAGAUGUAUCAAAGCAAAAUUAUAAAAUCAGUAGAAACCAAUGUAAACUUUGAACAGCCAUUACUUAGGUUCGAAUUUAUAGAUUUGAAUAAUUCAGUAUCCAGAUAUUUUUAAAAUGAAAAUAAUUUUGAUUGUGUAUUGUCUUUAAAAAACAAUAUGUUCAUCUUAUUUCUGGUAUUUUGGGUCUUUAAACAAUAUAAAAUCAUUUACAUCCUUUAAAGAUACAUUAUGGGAGAUUUUUACAGAGAAUUGGCCAUUCUUGCUAUAACAGUUCAAAAGUAGAUGAUGAAAGAAGAAUAUUUUGAAAAUUUCAGUCAAAUUACUUUAUUCUGAACAUAGUUAUCAUCGUUGUAAUAUUUGACUAGAAAUGGUAGUGAAAUGUGCCUUCACUGUGGCUGAUCGUUUGAUUGACAGGCGUUAACUCCACCUACAUAUCUCGAUUAUCAAGUAAAGUUUUCAAUGGCAUGCGGAAACGCUCUACAGCGGCCUCGCUAAGUACACUCUAUCAUUUAAAUCCGAGCUGUAGCCGAGCCAUCCGUGGGUCUACAGAGUUGAUUUUGGGCUUGUUGUUUAAAUAAAGAUCUAAUUUAUAAUUUCUAUAACAUCUGAAGCCUAAAUUAAGACUUGCAAUAAUCAGAUUUUGCUCUUGCAUAAUGUAUGUUAAAUAAUAGGUAACCAUUUUAUGGUUUUGUUCCUAUUAUAAAGUUUUAAAUCUAUCAGACAUGUCACUUUGCUUUUAUUUUAUGUAAUGUCAUUUAAUCAUGAAAAAUAUUAAUACAGCAUCCAUCUGUAUGGCUUUUUUGAAAAUUAUUUUCUUGAAUAAUUAUUAUAUUGAGAAACUUGCAUAAUUAUGUAUGCUCAUCUUUUCAACAAUUCAUAUGUAAAUGUGAAACUACAAUUGGUCUAAUAUUAUGUAUAUUUUCAUGAUUGACAUUUGUAAAUAUGUGCAUAUUCACUUUUAUUAAUUCAAUUACUUGUAAUUUAUGGAAUUAUAUAUGUAUUGUGUGGGUUAUUAUUAUAGAAUAUAUUAUUAAAAAUAUACAACCAAU